GGAGCCCCUCAGCGCAGGCGGCUGAGGGGGAGGCGGAGGCAGCGGUAGCGGGAUGGCGGACGCCGACAAGCCCGAGGUGCUUCGGGCCGCUGGCGACGACAGUCCGCAUCAGCAGCCCGUGGAGCAGCCGGGCGAGCCGCGGCGAGAACCGCACCCGCCGGAGCCGGAGAAGCAGCCGCCGCAACACAGCAGCAGCUCCAAUGGCGUUAAAAUGGAGAAUGAUGAAUCAGUCAAAGAAGAUAAAUCUGAAUUAAAAGAAAAAUCUUCAGGAAAUAAGAAGGCUAAUAGAUUUCAUCCUUAUUCAAAAGACAAGAAUUCAGGCACUGGAGAAAAGAAGGGUCCAAAUCGAAACAGAGUUUUCAUUAGCAACAUUCCAUAUGACAUGAAAUGGCAAGCUAUUAAAGAUCUAAUGAGAGAAAAAGUUGGUGAGGUUACAUACGUGGAGCUCUUUAAGGAUGCGGAAGGAAAAUCAAGGGGUUGUGGUGUGGUUGAAUUCAAAGAUGAAGAAUUUGUAAAGAAAGCAUUAGAAACUAUGAACAAAUAUGAUCUUAGUGGAAGACCCCUGAAUAUUAAAGAGGAUCCUGAUGGAGAAAAUGCUCGUAGGGCAUUGCAACGAACAGGAGGAUCAUUUCCAGGAGGACAUGUACCCGAUAUGGGAUCGGGGUUGAUGAAUUUACCACCUUCCAUUCUCAAUAAUCCAAACAUUCCUCCUGAGGUUAUCAGUAAUUUGCAGGCUGGUAGACUUGGUUCCACAAUUUUUGUUGCUAAUCUUGACUUCAAAGUUGGUUGGAAGAAGCUAAAGGAGGUGUUCAGCAUAGCUGGAACUGUAAAGCGGGCAGAUAUUAAAGAAGACAAAGAUGGCAAGAGCAGAGGAAUGGGCACAGUCACUUUUGAACAAGCAAUUGAAGCAGUUCAAGCAAUUUCUAUGUUCAAUGGGCAGUUUUUGUUUGAUAGACCUAUGCAUGUGAAAAUGGAUGACAAGUCUGUCCCUCAUGAAGACUACCGUUCACAUGAUAGUAAAACACCACAGUUACCACGUGGUCUUGGAGGCAUUGGAAUGGGACUUGGUCCAGGUGGACAGCCUAUUAGUGCCAGCCAGUUGAACAUAGGUGGUGUAAUGGGAAAUUUAGGUCCAAGUGGUAUGGGAAUGGAUGGUCCAGGUUUUGGAGGAAUGAAUAGAAUUGGAGGAGGAAUUGGGUUUGGUGGUCUGGAAGCAAUGAAUAGCAUGGGAGGAUUUGGAGGAGUUGGCCGAAUGGGAGAGCUAUACCGUGGUGCGAUGACUAGUAGCAUGGAGAGAGAUUUUGGACGUGGUGAUAUUGGAAUAAAUCGAGGCUUUGGAGAUUCCUUUGGUAGACUUGGCAGUGCAAUGAUUGCAGGAAGAAUAGGAGCUUCUAACAUGGGUCCAGUAGGAUCUGGAAUAAGUGGUGGCAUGGGUGGCAUGAACAGUGUGACUGGAGGAAUGGGGAUGGGACUGGACCGGAUGAGCUCCAGCUUUGAUAGAAUGGGACCAGGUAUAGGAGCCAUACUGGAAAGGAGCAUCGAUAUGGAUCGAGGAUUUCUAUCUGGUCCAAUGGGAAGCGGAAUAAGAGAAAGAAUAGGCUCCAAAGGCAACCAGAUAUUUGUCAGAAAUCUGCCUUUUGACUUGACUUGGCAGAAACUAAAAGAGAAAUUCAGUCAGUGUGGUCAUGUAAUGUUUGCAGAAAUAAAAAUGGAGAACGGAAAGUCAAAAGGCUGUGGAACGGUCAGAUUUGACUCCCCAGAAUCAGCUGAAAAAGCCUGCAGAAUAAUGAAUGGCAUAAAAAUCAGUGGCAGAGAAAUCGAUGUUCGCUUGGAUCGUAAUGCAUAAUUUCAAACCACGGUUGGAACAUUCUUACAUCUGUUUUGCUGAAUCUCCUAGUAAAAAGUCAUUUUUUUAGUAAUACUGUAUGCUUACAAAAGCUGUAAAAAUGAACUUUUAAAACUCCCACCAGCUUUUAACAGUAUAGUGUUAAAUAUACUGUGAUUUUUGUUAAUCUCAAGUUUGGGUUUUUAAAGACAGCAAGUCAGUCAUUCAGUUUAAAUGAAUGGUUAUACUGUUUUUAAUGAAAUAAGCCAUUUUCUUGUUGUUACUUUCAGUACUACAUAGUGGGAUUUGUUUGUUCAAGUUUCCUCAGCUUUUAUCAACUUAUUGUAAGGUAAAACAUAGAUGAUUUUUUUCAAAACUUCCGUUUUAUAUAUGUAAUUGUCCUUGAAAGAAACGGCUCAGACAAAUUAGGAUGUGAUUUUGGUUGGCUUAAAUUACUUUUCUUUGGUGAUAAAGAAUUACUGUAAGUUUUAGUUCAGGAUAUUUUUUAUUUCACUUAAAUGAAGAAAUGGAGUUUUCUUUCUCUUCCCUCUCCCAUCAUUCACAUUUUCCACAUAACACUAUUAAUGUUAACCUCCACAGCCCCUUAUUUUAUUAUUUCCAAUGAUUCCAAGUUCAUAUAGAACUGAUAAUGUGGUAAGUCCCAAGUAUAAUAACAGGCAGACUGCUCCCAACUUCCUGUCUAGUUUCCAGCCAUUGAAGUGAACUGCUGAAAAAAGAAAAAUAAUUGAUAUGUUGAGAGCGAUGGUUAUGUAAGUUAGUCCUCUGCUGUUCACUUCUACAGGAGCUGAUGCAUUCAUAAAUGCAGUUUUAAUAAACCAUGGAACACCUAGGCACAGCAUAUCAAACACAUUGGAUCCCAUGAUGUUAGACAUAGCCAUAUCUCCUUUGCCUGCAAAAAAAGCAUAUUGUUAAAAUGUGCACACCAAUACUGUAUUUUAUUAAUAAGCUUCAUAAAAAAAAACACUGGAAAUUCUUUUUUGUUUGUUGGUUUUGGAAAAUUGUUAUAUUAGAGCAAAAGUCUUACUGAAUUUGUAUUUUUUAAUUUGGGGGUUAGUAUUUAAAGUCUUAACAUUUAUUUAAUAAUAAUUAUCUUUAUUUAUUAAAUCAUUUUUCAAUAAGGUCUGUAGAUUACUUGUUGCUUUUCAUUCUGAUUUAAUAUGGUUAAUUACAAUUUGAUGCACAUUUCAGAUGAAUAUUAUUUGGGGGAUUAGAUUUAGUGAAGUUACUCUGCUAUUAAAUAGUAAACCCUUCUAUUUGAGUCACUCUUUUUUUUUCUUCAAAGUAUGUUAACUGAGGAAAUAAAUAUUUUUAAAGGUACCUUUGCUCAGUAUUUCAGCCAGCCUCGUAGAAUGGGCAUUGCAGCUUGAGGGACCUAGCUCUUACCUUUUCUUGCAACCAAUACACUUGCAAUCGUGUCUGGCAGACUUGUUCCUGCUGCUAAUAAAGUAAGGCCCAUUACUGUAUCUGGAAUUUCUAAUGUUUCCCCUGUAAUUAACAGAGAUAUACUACAAGUUGCAAAUCUUACAAAUUCAAUAACCAUUCUCUGCAUUUACUUCAGAUAUUUCCUUCCUGAACAAAAAGAAAAUAGGCACAUUUAAAUUUCACAACCAAUAUGUACUUAAAUUUUACCUAGCAAAAUAUUUGAAUAAGAUUGGUAAAUUGGGUAGCCCAGGUAGCACAAAUUUUUAAUAGCAGAUAUCUAAAGAUAUUUAAUAGAAUUCUACUAAGGAGUAAUUCCUCUACCUGAUAUACUUACAGAAGGUUUAGAUGUUCACUGUUAUCUCAUCAAGGCCAUUGCUUAAUAUAUGCUAAUGAGAUUGGUCAUUUUCUGCUUUUCAAACUAUUUUCUUAAAGUGAUCAGAAUUAAGCAAAUUGUUUAUAGCUAUUUUUAACCUGUAAAUGUGUUACAUGGUAUACAUUUUUUAAGUUGUACGUACUUUGGUGAUCUACCUUAAACAAAGGAAAACAAAAUAGGGUUCUACUCGGAGUCUUCCUAACAUGCUCCUGUUCUGGUAAAUUCAGUAUCAGUUCAACAUUUUUCAGAUAUGUGUUCAUUUUGGGAAGCAAGCAGAGGGAAGUUAAAAAAAGGUACAUGUAACUGCUCUUCUAAUGUUGUGAUUGAAAACUUACUUUAGAAUCUUUUUUUUUCUUAAAUUGUCAAUUGAAAGAACUUUAGCUGUUUAUUGCAUGCUUUAUAUAUUGAAAUUGGAAUUGUAAUUGGUUGUUAAUUUUUGUUACUGGUUUGCCGGAGUUCAUAUGUACAUAAAUAACAGUAAUAUUUAUCAUCUUGGGGGCUGUUUUAUGAUCUAUUACUUGAUUUUGUUCUUUUCCUGAUUUCCUAGUGUGAAAUAUAUUCUGGCUGAGAAAAUUUGAAGAGAUUUAAUAUGCAAGCUAAUUGGACUUUUUGAUCUUUCUCAUUAAAAAAAAUAGUGCUUUCUCGCUAGCAUGCUAUUCUAAGUCCUAUAUUAAUUUGUGAAAAGUCAGAGAUCAGCUUUUUUUUGUAAAGGGCUACGUAGUGAUUACUUUAGGCUAUGCAGGCUAUAUGGUUUCUGUUGCAGCUAUUCACCGUGGCCACUGUAGUGUGAAAGCAUCCGUAGAUAACGUAUAAAUGAAUUAAAUGAGUGGGCAUGAUCAUGUUUAGUAAAACUUCAUUAGCAAAAACAGGAGACCUGGUCACUUGGUCACAUAGGCUGUAGUUUGCUCACCUCUGAUAUGUCCAUUCGGGCUAAACUUUUUGGGAGAAAUUUCUUGAUUUUUUUUUUCCCCAUGUUUAUAUUCAGUUUUUUCUUCUGGAGUCCUGUGGGACUAGAAUGGAUUAUGGCCAAGCAGUAAUAUUUAAAUUCUAGUCAUGAAGAUAGUAGAAACCUAAAUUGAAAUUUUAUUUUAUACCCUUUUCACCCAUUUCAUAGUUUGUUUAUAUGUCCAUAUUAAAAAGCAAAAUAAAGUGCAUUUCAGUUAAA